AUGCCAUUUAACUACUGCUUCGCGGUCACCUGCCGGCUCACUCACCCCACCGGAAUCACCUCCAUCUCCACAGCUCCCCUGACAGGCCCCCCUAGGCGUUUGAUUUCCCCGAGAAUCGCCUCCCAACCCAGCCCCUCCGGCCCCUCCCCCGCCGGCCCCCCCCCCACCUCUCCUAUCCAUCCCCUGCCCCGCCCCCCCCCCCCCUCCCCCGCCUGCCGGCCCCCCCUCAGACCCUCGCCCUCCCACCCCAAAAUCGGGCCGCCCCUCCCGACCUUCGUCCUCCCCGCGAUGCCCCGCGUGGACAGCGCCCCCCACGCGGGUCCCCACCGUUGCUGGGCAGUGACCGUUACGACUUCGACGCUGUCCGUCCCCCCAACCACCAUCCGGUCCUUGGUGGUGGUGUGGUCGCCUACCCAACAACCACCCGGGGCCCCCUGGGACUCCGACCACCCGGGUGGCCUCCCCCAUCCCCCCUCUUCCCCCCGUUUCGCGGAAGCCUCAGUAUUAAACCCACCCCGUGCAGCCCCACCCAAGCACACACGAAUCCCCACCUGCAUCACAGACCUUCACACACCACGCUUUCUGUGUGGCGGUGGGGAGGUUGGGGGGAGGGGGGUGGCGUCCCUGAAGCACCCCGACGUACAGACAACCCCCCUCCGUUAA